CAAGACGCCCUCGUCGCGGAAGGGUGUUUACCCAUGAGAGCCCUGACGUAAGGUACGCCAGGAAGCAACUCCAGCAAGUGUGGGUGGAACUCAGAAACGAGACAAGAAACGCUGGGAACGCGAGACGGUGAAGGAAUUGAAACAGCCUUUGAUGGCGACGCUAGGGGCUAGCAGAGGCAUGCCAUGCCAUCGCAUUGCCUUGACGUUGACAUUGAUAUUGUUCAUCCGCGAUACCGUGGGCAUGCACCGAUAACUUACCGCACGGUGGAGGGUGAGAAAAGGGCAUUGACAUCAACGGUUUAGGAUGGCCUGGCAUAUGAUGGCAACUGACUGACGUGGUGAACCCUUGAAAGAUGCCACAGGCGCUCUGACAAGGGCAGAAACAGUUCAUCACUGACAAGGCCAUGCAAGACCAAACAAACGACAAGACCCUGAGAACCUAUGGCAUUGCCGUCAUCAUACUGCUCCAAAAACGAUGUGGGACGGCGUCACUCUCACUCUCACUGAAAAAGGGCACGGAGAGCCACCAUGACCCCCCAAAAGUGGUGUUGCAGUGAUGCCAUGACUGCACGCCGCGAGUCGGCAUUGUUUCCCUAGUACGGAGUCCAAAAUGUCCCCUACAGUACUUUUCCACCUGCCCUGUUGUGCCGUCCUUCAACCCUCGUGGGGCACCACAGAGCAUUGCAUAUAUGCCCGCCUAUGAUCUUGGUGUAGUAGUAUCCAGGAAUCAGCAUCAGCAUCAGCAUCCGAUGACCGCGGAUAAUGAGCGCGGAUAAUUGUCAGACCAAGGCACUAAACAAUUCCUGCCUAGGUAGGUAGAUAGCCAAGGGUUGAAGAAGCCCUUUGCCCCCAACUUUGUGUAGUUGGAAUCUUGCGACAUUGUAAUUUUUCUGGAUGGGUUUUGAUGUCAGUCAGUCACCCACUGCGACUACUGUAGUUCUUCGCUGGUAGAGGCCUUUCGUUAGAUUGAACGCUUGAGAAUGGACGUUUUGGCGCAUGUGGCUUUGCCUGUGCUCAGAUUUGCCCCAUCGUGGUACUUCUGCUAGCUCGACGCCGCCUCCAUAUUGGGGAACGGCUCCUGAUUAUUAGAAUUCCUUUUCGGGGAGAUCAAACUCAGUGCCGUGUCAUGUAUCGUGUAUCAAUUAGAGUUAUGUGUGGGUGAUUUGCUGUGUGCCUAUGUUGGCUUUUUGCUCUAGCCUCUGGAUAUGGACGGAAAAGUGUGCCUGGGGAUCGAGAGAAAAAACAAAGGUGCUGCCCUGGUUAGCACCUUCCCUCGAUUUGGUAUGAAGGAACAGCCCUUCCGCGAUUCAAAUAUACACUACCUUAUUAGGUAGGCGCGUUAACUUCCCUACCCCUAGUGAUCGAUGCGGGGGUCUUUCUUUUCCAAAGUCAUAGAGAGUCAGGGUGUUGCCUCUCUUUCUCCAUCAGGUCUUCUAACAUUUAAUCGCUACAAUCCAGCCAAAACGGACCAUGCCGAUGACAGAUUGUUCUGCGCGAACCAACUGCCUCCCUCAUCAAUGCCGAGAACACAAGAUGUCCGUAGUUUAUCUACAGUCCACUUGCAGCCAUUUCGCUUGGUGCCCUCUGCAAUACGGAGUGGUAUACGGAGCACACACACGACAGACCCGCCCGUUUGCUAUAGCAAUGAUGGGAGUGGCGCCCCGCGACGCAUGAAGACCCGGAUACAGCCAGUCGUCGAUAAGGGUGACCCUCCUCUUCGUUUGACCUGCUACGGAAAUAACACCAAACUAUCUUAAGCCGUGAAUCUGAUGUGACCAAGCAUGGGAAAUGCAAAAGGCCACAAGGAAGCUGCUUGGGAUUGGUCAACGACGAAAACGAUAGGGGGUCCCAGAGAGUGGUCGGACCAGCCGUCACAGACCGCUACGGAUUAAGAUUUGUUCUUGGCUGUCGACAUUGCCAAUGUUUCCUAGCAGGUCCUUGGCACUUUCAACAGUCUGCUCUUUCGCUCCAGCUCUCACGAGCACAUCCAUGGGGUCCGAGUACUGAUGUUUGGGUACCCGUGAGCCUGGAAAAGCAAUAUCUGGUUCAAAGAAAAAGAAGAAAAAAUCCCUCUAUAUUAAAUGAUUCGGAAGAAAAGGAAUUCACAACUGGAAGAAUAUUGCCAUGACUCGGACUCGAUGAACAGUGGCAAGAUCAUUAAGUCCUUGAGUAACUCAGUGCUACGCGUUGGGCAGUAGGAACUUGCGAAAGGCAAG